ACAGAGAUAAUUGUUCAUGAAAUAGGACAUGCCUUGGGAUUCUACCAUGAACAUAACCGUUGGGAUAGGGAUGACUACAUUAAAAUACACAAUGAAAAUAUUGAACCCGGAAGAGAAGAAAGUUUUCAGAAACAAAAAAAAGCAAAUUUCGACUCUAAUUAUGAUUAUUUGAGUAUUAUGCACUACGGACAAUAUUUUUUCUCAAGGAAUAAAUCAGCAAACCUUAUUACAAUAGAAACAUCGAAUGAUAAGUUUCAAUCUAAAAUAGGAAAGGCCAAACAUCCAAGUUUUCAAGAUUAUAGAACUUUGAAUGUUAUGUAUAAAUGUGCAGAUCGGUGCACUAGAAUUGAAUGUCCUGAAGCUGGAUUUCUUGGAAAAAAUUGCCAAUGUUACUGUAAAGGAAAAACCGAUGACACAUCAGUUAGACUUUGCUUUCAAAAAGGGGAGUGUCCCAGACCAAUUGUUAAUCAAUACUUGUUUGAUAUUGUGGGAAAAGAUAAAAAUAACUCAGUCAGUAUGAACCGUACAUCGUUUCCUGACAAGACAGUUUUAAAUAUUGUUUCAACCAACUGGAAUUGUACAUCAGAUUCUCAGUUUAGAUGUGAAGAUGGUAAAUGGAAACAUAGUUCAAUCACAGAAUGUCCAGUUACACUCGGUAAGAUUUUUUAAUACAAUUGUAAAUCGUUACCUCCUGAAAUGCCAGCAGUAUUCCUUUAUAGUACAUGUUGACAUAAUUCAAGCCAAAUCUUGCUCGAAACGUCGAUAAAAGAUUAAAAAAACAAUAUGUUUUUAAACAAUCUUAAACUUUGAUGUAUGUUCAGUGGUAGAUUUCAGCU